AUGGUUCACAUUGAUUUCUCUGAAAAUUAUGCAUGCAAGUACUCAGACGAGAUCCAGUCAAUGCAUUUUGGAGGCUCCAGAAAUCAGCUUUCUCUCCAUACGGGCGUUAUUUAUCUUCGAGAUGAAGUGAUCCCAAUUUGCACUGUGUCCGAUUUUCUGCGGCACGAUCCCGCGGGUAUUUGGGCUCAUCUCACACCCAUUUUGAAAUAUGUCACAGAAGAUAGGAAUCUCACAAGCAUUCAUUUCAUAAGUGAUGGGCCAACUACCCAAUACCGCAAUAAAAAUAACAUUUACUUGUGGGGACAUAAGAUCGCUGAGUACGGCUUCAAGAAAUCUACUUGGAAUUUCCUAGAAGCAGCACAUGGGAAAGGUGCCGCUGAUGGCGUCGGCGCUGCUGUUAAACGUGCAGCCGACCAACAGGUCAUAUUGAAAAAGAAUGACAUAACGUGUGCUAAGGACUUCUUUCAGCUUUUCUCUGGUGGUACAUCUACAUCCACAGUGAAAAUGUUUCUGGUUGAAGAGAAUGAACUCAAGAAAGGUGAUGCUGAAUUACCUAGUGACCUUCGUCCUAUUCCAAGCACAAUGAAAAUCCACCAGAUGAUCAUUGAGGGUCCAGAUUCAUUCGCCACGAGAGUGGUGUCAUGUUUCUGUAAGCAUCCAACAAAGCUACUGUGCGACUGUUAUCAGCCAGAUACUCACCAGUUGCCCCCGAGAAAGUUGCCAGCAGACGAUGAAGGAGAGCAAUUGAAACAAGCUACUGAAGAGACGUCUACGGUUAAGACGUCUAUGGUAGAAAAGGCAAGUUCCAUUCAAAAUUACAUGUGUGUGGCCUUUCUAAAAAUAUGCGUUGUUUACUAA